UUUGACAAACUGCAAGCAAACAAGGCGGCCAUUUAAUUUGUUUGUUUGAAAUUUUAAACAACAAUAUGCCGAAAAAUAUAACAAGUGAAGUGCGUGAAAUAAUUUUAAAAGUUAAGGAAUUUAUGGAUGAAGAAAAACGGAUGCAAGUACCCAUAAUACCGCUUAGUAAAGUCUACGUACGAGUAUCCGCAGCCACAGGCGUGUCAGAGCGAACUGUUUUAAACAUAGUCAAGGAAGCAAGACUGAUUGAACAAGGUUUAUUAGACCCUGAGACUUUAAAAAAGACACCCAAAAAAAGGGUACGCACAAAGGGAAAAAUUGAAGUUGAUGAGUAUGAUUUGCAAGUAAUACGACGCAAAAUUCAUGAGUUUUAUGCAUUUAAAAAGGAGGUGCCCACAAUAAACAAGCUGUUACAAAUCUUAAAAGAUGAAAUCAACUUCAAAGGUUCAAGAGAAACAUUAAGAAAGAUACUCCGUAAAAAUGGCUUUCAGUUCCGAAAAACGAAAAAUAACAAGGAAAAAGAUCAAGUACCAGAGUCAACUUCCUCUGUCCCUCCGAUGGUACCGCCAUAUAUUCACUCCAUGUUUAGUCAUAAGAAUCUCCAAUCAUAAACUAAUUUAUUGAUCUCAGAACUGAAAUACAAUCUGAAUCAAUAUAUAAUAAAAUGUAUUAUAUUGUUUAAUGUAUAAUGGACUUCUGACAUAAAUGUCACCUGAAAUAAUGGUAUGAAGUUGAAUGUUGUGACUAAAAUUCUUUAAUGAUAUUUAGCUCAUAAGUAAUAAUAUUUAUGUUUAUGAAUCUUCACUAAACUAUAAAAUCUCAUGCUAUCACUAUAUGCUCUAGUUCUUUGUUAUACUUGUAAAAAUAAUCAAUAUAAUGUUUAGUCUACAGUUUUUAGUAUAAUUUAAUAUUAUUAACAUUGAGGAUAUAAUAAUUAGAAUAGAAAGUAUUUUAUAAUUAUUGUACUUUUAAAUAUAAGGAGAACUUUUGGUUUUAAUGAACCAUACUUUCUCUUCUUGAGAUUACUUGAAACAAAGCAUCUGGAUGUAAUUGGUACAAAUCUACAAAUGCCUGUAUUUUUUCAAAUACUCAACACCUGAUAUUAAUAAUUGUGACUCCAUAUACAAAAUUUUAUAACUUACUUUUGUUUAGGGUGACAGUGAACAAUAUAAAGCUUUAUUUUGUUAAGCUGAUUAAACAACAUUUAUACAUAAAAGAAAGUUUUUUUAAUUAUUAUUUUUAUUGUAUGUUAUUGUGUACUUAUUUGAAAUGUAAUAUUCUGACUGACUGUCUUUUACAUGUACAGCUUCAACUACAUGACCUUAAAAUUUGGUGGAGACAUUUGUUUCAUGCAAAGUACUAAAGGGAUUCUUGGGAUUUUACAAAGUCUUUAUUCAAUGUGGGCCGCUGCAUUCCGUUAAUCUUAAUUUCGUUAAGGCUGUAAUUAUUUUUAGCAAACCAAGAUAAACAUAAUAUAUUGUCAAACAUUCAUACAUUUUUAUUAUUAGUCAAAUGCGGCAUACUGAAUUAAACCAUGUUAUCAGUUUUCAUAACAAGAUUAUCACAAUUGAUAUUGAGACUACUAUAAAAGCAAAUUGCUUUUGAUUAAGUUUUUAUUAUUAAUAAAUUUGCUUAUUGUGUAUAAUAUAUCAGUAAGUUACUAAGACUUGUAGAUGAUAUUUAUAAAUAUGAUGUGAUAUCUAUAGAAUUUGUUUUUUCAGAUACCUUGGUAUCAAACUCACAAUAAAUACUCGAAAACCAAUAUAUUGAGAACUGAAAACAGUCUAGUCUAUGCAUACAAUUACUUUAUUAUUGUGUUUAAAUGAAAUAGUUCUUUAAAACUUUACUGAGUUACAAUUUAAUCAUAUUCAGUGUUGAUAUUUGAAAUAAAUACAAAUAUAUUGUAGCUAUUAAUAAUAUUGUAAUGUAGUUUUAAAUUAUUCAGCACAAUUAAUUUUAUUGGUGUUUUAAAAUCACAAGCAAUUUUUUUACAUCAAUAAAAUAUUAAUGUAUACAUGAUUUGUUAGUCAUCUUUUUUUCAUUAUUGAAAUUAUUUCAAGUAUUUUUAUCGAAUGUUAAGAUCUCAUAGUAUUUUCCAAAAUCACAAACUUUACAACAAUUGUAAAAUCUUCGAUUAUAUAUGUUAUGUUUUUUACUUAUGAAGAAAAAAGGUGGAUGAAGCAAAAAAUAUUUUUACUGUUUAGAUUUUAAUAAAUGAUUAACAAAAUCAAAUAGUAAAGUGUAAUGCAUAAAAAUUUUAUCAUAAUAAGUUGUACUAAAGAUUUUAUAAUUUCGUAAAACUUAAUUUUUUUUUUUUUAUUAUUGAUUAUUAAAAGUAGUUUUUUUCUUAAAUCUGAAAUUAAAGUUUAAAUAUUAUGUAAUAUUAUGUUUUCAUCGUUUAUAAGAGACUUUUAUAAUAAAUAAAUAUACCAAUAAUAUUAAAUAAAUUAAUUAAAACAA